ACAGUUUUCCCGCGUUUUGGUAGUUGAGGAAAUAGCGGAGAGUUGCGGACCCAAACAACCAGUCGCGGGCUCUGACAUUCAACCACUAACCACAACAACAUUAACAGAAAGCACAAGGUUUGUGUUCGUUCGCUGUGCUGUGAUCGGACGCGAUAUUAAUCAGAAACAGUCGAGAUGCCGCCGAAAAAGCGCAACAGCGGGAGCGCGCAGAAGAAAGAACUGAAGGCAUCGCAGGACAGCAGCGACAACACAGCGUUGACCCCUGAACGUCAUGACGACAAGGAAUCUGAAUUUGUGUCUCUCUGCGAGGAGCUCCAGGUCACCAAUCCUAUCUGUGAUCAUGCAUGGAGAAUUUGGGAGAAGGAGAUUAGAUCCCUGGACAAGGCACAUAUGCCAUAUUCAAACAGACAGUUGUGGGGAGCGUGCUUGUUCAUCGCAGGCAUUGAGUUGGAGAGCACCAGACUCACCUUCACUGAAUUCCAGAAGGUUGUGGGUUUGAGUGUAAAGCAGUUUAUCAGCCUUGUGAAGAACAUGGAUGUGAAUGUGGACACUAUAAGCCCUAAAGUGAACACUGCGGUGACACGGUUGGAGAACAAGUAUGAUGUCACCUUGGCCCUCUAUCAAAGAUUUGUCAAGACUUGUGAAAAAAUAUUUGCAGAGCCAGACAAAGUUAAGAGAAAUCAGCUUUUGGAAAACAGCUGGACCAUGUUUCUCUUGGCCAAAGGAACGUCUCUGCAGAUGGAGGAUGACCUUGUGAUAGCCUUCCAGUUACUGCUUUGUGUUUUGGAGUACUUCAGCAAGCGUUGCGCCCCGUCUCUCCUUCAGUCACCUUACAAGUCAGCGGUUACUUCAGCUACCCUUAGUCCUCCAACCAGAACAUCCAGACGUAAUCAGGGAAAAGCCAAACCUCGUCCUCCUGAGAUGGACAUGCAGUUACUGGAGACCCUUUGCAAGGAGGGCGACUGCAAUGUGGAUGAGGUGAAAAAUGUGUACCAGACCACUUUCUGUGCCUUCCUGGACUCUGCGGGUUUGUCAGGACUCCAAGCACUUCCUUCGAUUGAGACACUUUCCAAGCAGUAUGAAGAAUUUUACCAGAAAAAUAAAGACUUUGAUGCCAGGUUGUUUUUGGUUGAUGAUGAGACGCUUUCCCCUAACAAAACAGAAAAGACAAAGGUGGAAAUGACUCCACGAAAGAAUCAGUGCGGAGAGGACAUCACACUUCCUGUGCCGCAGACACCGAUCAGAGCUGCCAUGAAUUCCAUACAGCAACUCAGGGUUGAACUUACCUCAGCUAGUGACCAACCCUCCAUCAACCUCCAAGUUUAUUUCAAGAAUUGCACUGUUGACCCUUCAGAAGAAAUCACCAAGAGGGUUGAGGAGCUGGGUCAGGUCUUCAGCCAAAAGUUUGCUCAGGCUGUGGGUCAGCGCUGUGAGGGGCUGGGCAGAAAGAGGUUUAAUCUUGGUGCCCAGCUCUAUUACAAAGUAAUGGAGUCCAUGCUCAAAUCGGAGGAGAAAAGAUUAUCUGUGCAAAACUUCAGUAAGCUUCUCAACAAUGCAACGUUUCAUACCUCACUGCUUGCAUGCGCCCUGGAAGUUGUUUUGGCGACCUAUGUCGGGAACUCCCUAAAGAAUGGAGGUUUUGGUCGGGGUUCAGGGGCCUGCGAUUCUACAGAAACAGAUCUGUGCUUCCCCUGGAUCUUGGGUGUCUUCCAGCUGCAUGCUUUUGAUUUCUACAAGGUGAUCGAGAGCUUCAUUAAAGCCGAGCCCACUCUUAAACAUGACAUGAUGAAGCACCUGGAGCACUGCGAACAUGUUAUCAUGGAGAAUCUUGCAUGGAGGGCGGACUCUCCACUCUUUGACCUUCUUAAGCAAUCCCGUGAGGAAGGUCCCGGUGAACAAGCAGAGCCCCCAGCAACACUAAACCAGCCCCUGCACCACAACCACACGGCAGCUGACCUGUAUCUCUCCCCCGUGCGGCCGAGUCAACAUCCCCCAGCAACCGAGGUUGAGCCUCUCACACCAGGCACAAAACCACCCCGUUCAAACUCUCUGAGUCUAUUCUACAAAAAAUUAUACAGGAUGGCCUACCUGCGACUCAAAAUGCUGUUCUCACAGCUGCUGACAUUACAUCCUGAACUGGAACCGAUAAUAUGGACGUUGCUUCAGCACACCCUCCAAAACGAGCAUGAAUUAAUGCGAGACAGACACUUAGACCAGUUGAUUAUGUCGGCAAUGUAUGCCAUAUGCAAGGUGAAAAAUGUGGAUUUGCGCUUCAAAACUAUUGUGACCGCUUACAAAGAGCUGCCCAAUGCUAAUCAGGAGACAUUUAAGCGUGUAUUAAUCAGAGAAGGUCAGUACGACUCCAUCAUUGUCUUCUACAACCUGGUCUUCAUGCAGAAACUCAAGACCAACAUUCUUCAGUAUUCAUCUCCUCGGCCACCUCCUCUGUCUCCCAUUCCCCACAUUCCCUGCAGUCCCUACAAAAACUCUCCUUUGCGAGUGCCUGGGAGCAACAACGUCUAUGUGUCCCCCUUGAAAAGCAGUCGUAUGUCCCCUGUGGUCAUGACCCCACGGAGCAGAAUUCUCAUCUCAAUUGGCGAAUCUUUUGGGUCUGCUGACAAAUUUCAAAAGAUUAAUCAGAUGGUGAGCAGCACUGAUUGGUCUCUCAAGAGGAGAUUGGAUGGAUGCUCCGCCCCCAAGCCCCUGAAGAGAUUACGCUUUGACAUGGAUGGGCAAGAUGAAGCUGACGGAAGUAAAUCAAGCGGCGAGUCAGCGCUCAUUCAGAAGCUGGCUGAGAUGAGCUCCACUCGGACUCGCAUUCAGGAGCAGAAAUUAAAAGAGGAGUCGGUGAAAGAGCAUCCGGAGACCUGAGUGAAUCUACUUGAGACACUCAAGCAUGAAUCAAUCCAAGGGACUUUUAUGUUGUUAAUUUUAGAUUCACCUCUUUUUAGUUUUCAGUGUUCCUGAAAAAGCACACGUCUUUCCUGUAUACAUUUAAGAUGUGAGAAGAAAUUUUAUUCUUUAAUACUACAAUGUUGCGGUUACCUUUCAGUGCAUAUGAAAAGUAUUAAAAAAAUGUAAUUUAGUGUCAUAAUUUAUUGUUUUGCUUUUUUAAAUAUAUUUUUUCUCUUUUAGUUCUGAGUCAUCUACUUUAUUUAGCUAUAAUGCAGUCCUGGAAAAUGGUUUAUGAGAAUGAGAUUUGCCAACGAUGUUUUCGUAAUCAUGUACUAGGUAAAGACGAUGUAUUUUUCAGAUUACAUUUCUACUUUUAUAAGCAUUAUUUUACUUUUUGUUUUGCUUUGAAAAAUGCAAAGGAUGUGUUGUUAAAAUCUGUUGCAGUUGAAUAAUUUUAUUGGGUUAAUUUUUUAGGAUUAUGUUGUUUGUUUGUGUGCGAGUGCAUGUGUUUGUCAACACAUGGUCAUUUGUCUUUAAUUGACUUGAUGUUCUUUAUGGACUGUUUUCUUGUUGAAUUUUAAGAUUUGUGUUUAAAAUUUGUGUUUUGUGCUUUUGCCUUUUAAAAAAAAAACAAUUAUGUUGUACCUCAGUUGUUCUUUUUAUGAUAAUGUAAUGCCUCAAGUUUAACAACUGACCAGUUUGUUAAUGAAAAA